UAGCAAGUUUGCCGCUUGCGUUUGGGACGCUUGUAGAUGCUUGUUUUUCGGCGUUGAUAAAGUUUGAAUAAAACACUAAUUCAGAUAGAAUAUUCCUUAAAUAUAAUACAAAAUGUCGAAGGCACACCCCCCAGAAUUAAAAAAGUUUAUGGACAAGAAACUGGCUAUCAAACUAAAUGCAGGUCGUAGCGUGACCGGCGUAUUACGUGGAUUUGAUCCUUUCAUGAACCUUGUUCUGGACGAGGCAGUCGAGGAAGCCAAAGAUGGAUCUAGAAACCUCAUUGGGAUGGUGGUUAUUCGUGGGAACAGUAUCAUAAUGUUAGAAUCAUUAGAUAGACUCUAGUUUGUGUGGUUUCAAGUAUUUGUAAGUUUAAUGCUAAGGUACAUAACAAUAAGUU